AUAUGUGAUAACAAUAAUAAUACGUUUUCGGAUUUUUUUUUCAAUAAAUAUUGCAUUACUACCAAAGCAUCAGACUAUUGGGUAUUUAUUAUUUUAUAUAAAGGAACAGCAUAGUCCACUUCUCUCAUCAUGGUCAUAACCAGCGAUACUGAAUUGCCAACUUAUGAAGACCUGACGGUUGAAGAAGUGCCAAUCAGUACACCUGGACUUCGGGCCGCUGCCCAUCAUUUGGGUAAAUAUUGCAUAGAAGCGAACGACGAUUUCAUGAUGUGUAAACAAGAGACGAAAGAUCCGCGUAAAUGUGUGGCCGAAGGUAAAGCGGUCACUAGUUGUGCCCUCCGAUUUUUCAGGCAACUCAAAGUCAGCUGUUACGACGAAUUUCAAAUAUACAGCAACUGUAUCGACAAGUCCAGUUCUCGGCUCGAAUUUGAACCGUGCCGUAAAACUCAAGCGGUGUACGAUAAAUGCGUGUUUGAAAAAAUGGGUAUCGAAAGACCCGAACACGGAUUCUUUUGCAAAGCUCGUGUGUACAACGGAAAUCGUCCUAAACCACCUCCCGAAGCACCGCAAGUGUUUGGCGACUUGCCUUAUGGUCUCAAAGACUUCAAAGAAGAAGAAAGACCGCAAGCGAAAUACGGACAACGUAAUUGGUGGGUCAAAUAAUCUGAUUGUACGGUCACGUUGUACCUUAACAGUACGUUGAUAUUAGUGUUUAUAAUAAUUUGAAUAAUACAUGAGAAAUUUAUGAGAUCACCUUUGUAUUUUCUUUGAAUUUUUACAACGUAGAAAACAAAUAAAUAAGAAUAAAUAGUUUAAACAAUAUAAAAUAUUUCUUAGUUGUAUUAUCAUUUGCCUGGUGAAAUUCAUGUGUUUAAAUAAAUAAAUAAAUAUUAUUACUCGAUA